GUUUUAAGAACCAGUUGCCGCAUUUUCGUUUCGUACUUUUUUCUAAUGUAACCCCUUCUUCAUUUUUGUUUUUAUCUUUUUUUGUAACAAAUAAAAACCCUCAACAUAAUGGAUGAAAGACAAAUACCUCUCUCGGGAGUACAGCAAGAAGAAGAACUUAUAGACCAACCAACACCAAUUGAGCCUGUUGCUAUAAACUCUGAAGAUUUAGACAAACCCAUGACUGAAGUAGAGCCUGUCCCUUUAUUAUCAGUAAUUGACGAUUUCGAGCAAAUUGCCAACAAGGAAAUGUCACCUGUUGAAGAAGAAGUGAUUGAAACUAAAGUAGAUCAUUGGACAGUCCCUUCUUGGUCUCAGCUAAACGCUCGUACUGUUGGACCUGUAAUUAAGGCAGGUGGUCAUGACUGGCAUAUUCUCAUGUUCCCCAAAGGCAACAAUCAAAGUGAUUACGCUUCUAUUUAUUUAGAAUUGACAAACGCUAAAUCGGGUAACGCGGAUGAAUACGCGUGUGCCCAAUUUGUGGUAUUACUUUCCAAACCUUCUGAUCCUACUUCAUACAUACUUCACAGUGCUCAGCAUCGAUUCACUAGUGAUGAAUCAGAUUGGGGAUUCACUCGUUUUAUCACCUUGGAUAGUGCAAAUGACAGCAGUCUUGAAAAGUAUCUUGAAGAUGAUUCCAUCCGCAUCACGACGAUUAUUCGUGUCGUUAAGGAUGCUACAGGUAUUUUAUGGCAUAAUUUCGUAAAUUAUGAUUCCAAAAAAGUCACAGGUUAUGUGGGUCUUCAAAAUCAAGGUGCUACCUGUUAUAUGAACUCGCUUUUCCAGUCUCUUUAUUUCACAAACUCGUUUAGAAAAGCAGUAUAUCAAAUCCCAACUGAAAACGACGAACCUGUCAAAAGUGUGGCUUUAGCUUUGCAGAGAGUUUUUUAUAAUUUACAAUUUAUGAAUACUGCAGUUGGUACUACCGAAUUAACAAAAUCUUUUGGUUGGGAUUCAUUUGAAGCUUUCAGACAGCAUGAUGUUCAAGAGUUCAACAGAGUUCUACAAGAUAAUUUGGAAAUUAAAAUGAAGAAUACACCCGCUGAAGACGCUAUUAAGAAUUUGUUUGUCGGUAGAAUGAAGAGUUAUAUCAAAUGCAUCGACGUUAAUUUUGAAUCCUCUAGAUCCGAAGACUAUUACGAUAUCCAAUUGAACGUCAAGGGAUGCAAGAACCUCGAAGAUUCUUUCAAGGAUUACAUCACAGAGGAAACAUUGGAGGGUGAUAAUAAGUAUAUGGCUGAAGGCUAUGGAUUACAAGAUGCCAAAAAGGGUGUUAUCUUCGAAAGCUUUCCUCCUGUUUUGCAUUUACAAUUAAAACGUUUUGAGUACGAUAUGAUGAGAGAUAUGAUGGUGAAGAUUAAUGAUCGUCAUGAAUUUCCUACCGAAAUUGAUCUCGAACCUUAUCUCAGCGAGAAUGCUGAUAAAUCACAAGAGCACAAAUAUGUACUUCACGGUGUGUUAGUACAUAGUGGUGAUUUGAGCGGUGGUCACUAUUUUGCUUUUGUAAAACCCGAAAAAGAUGGAAAAUGGUUCAAAUUUGACGACGACAGGGUUGUUCCUGCAACAAUUAAGGAAGUAUUGGAGGAGAAUUUCGGUGGCGAACAAAUGGGUAUGCCUGGCAUCAAUAUGCGUCCCAAUGGACGUCCCAUGAAUCGUUUCACCAACGCCUACAUGUUGGUUUAUAUCCGUGAAUGCAUGUUAGAUAAUGUCUUGGCACCCGUUACUGCUGAAGACAUUCCUCGUCAUUUAGUGGAACGUAUUGAAACAGAAACUCGUAUCCGCGAACAGAAAAGAAAAGAGAAAGAAGAGCAACAUCUUUACAUGAAGACCCUGAUUGCUAGUGAUGAAACUUUCAAGAGCAACCACGGUUUUGAUUUUGCAAAUUUUGAUGAAAAGGAUGCAGCUGAAAACCGUAUCAUGGCACUUCGCGUCAGAAAAGAUCAAGCUUUUGGCUCUUUUAAGGAGGACUUGGCUCAUAGUAUUGGGUUACGGCCAACGGAUUUCAGACUUUGGUUAAUGGUAAAUCGGCAAAAUCGAACUGUUCGCAUAGAUAUUCCUAUCCCUGAAGAGGAAUAUGAGUCUACAUUGGACGAAGUACGUCUCAAGUAUGCUACCAACCAACCAGCUCUUCGAUUAUAUUUGGAAAGAUGUGACCUCUACGAUGAGGAAGGAAAAGCUCUUUUCCCUGUGACAAACACAACAGCUUCUGCUGGUAUUUUGAUUUUCAUCAAGCAUUUCAAACCCGAAUUACAACUCAUUCAUGGUGUCGGUCAUUUAUAUGUUGGCAAGGAUGCUAAAGUACAUUCUAUUUUGGGUGCACUUCGAGAGAUGAUUGGAUUCAGUGAAGAUGAAGAAAUUUUAAUCUAUGAAGAAAUCAAGGCCAAUAUGAUUGACCCUGUUGAUUUUAAUUUGACUUUUGCUCAAGCCGAGCUUCAAGACGGCGAUAUACUUUGUGUACAAAAGAAAUUGACUCCCGAGGAAGAAAGCAUUGUUAUAGCUGCAGGCGGUCUUACUACUGUAGAUUCUUUCAUGGGCUACGAACUCGGUAAAGUUUCUGUCUUCUUUUCUCCCCUUGUUCCAGAUGAAGACUCUCCCGAGUUAAGGUUGAUAUUGCAUAAAAGUAUGGGUUAUGAAGACAUUGCUGUUCGUGUAGCUAGAGAAUUGAAUGUUGAUAGUGACAAAAUUCGUUUGAUCAACCCUUAUAUUCAAACCAACAACAGAGCUACUCUUAAAAGAUUUGCGGGCAUGAAUUUGGGCAAAAUUUUACAGACCGCCUAUGCGCCUGGUGGAGGCGCUUUGGCUCAAAAGGCUAGACUUAUAUAUGAAAAGUUGGAUGUAAGUUUGGAAGAAAUUGAAUCAAAAUGUUCCGUCCAAGUCACUGUGUGUACUCCUACAUUGAAGGAUUUGCAGAUCGUAGAACUUCUAUUACCAAAGGACAGUGGUAUUGUCGAUUUAAAGGAAGCUCUGGUAGCUAAAGGAGUUCGAUUUGAGAGUAAAACAGGCACAAGAGAUCUUCGUAUUUUUGACGAGGUUAACGGUAAAUUUGACAAGGAAUACACAGACAAAUUAUGGAGAGAAGCGGUCUCUGCUCGUCCCUUUGUUAAGGUUUAUGCCGAAGAAAUUCCUGAAGAUGAGGCAGACAUGGAUCCUAAUAACGAUGCUUUUAUCAAUGUAUUCCAUUUCCAGCGCUCUCCAAGUCGCACGCACUCUGUGCCAUUCAAAUUUGUGUUAAAGAAAGAUGAGUUAUUGGUUGAUACAUUGAAACGUCUUCAGGCACGAACUGGGCUGGAUGAUAAAGAAUGGAGUAAAGUCAAAAUUAAUAUAGUGGCCGAAGACGAAGAAACUACUACAUUGAUAAGUGAAGAAGAUGAUACACUUUUCUCAACAUAUACACACAAGUCAGGCGACAUGAUUGGAUUGGAUCAUAUUGACAAGGCCACCAAGAUUGAUAAAACUGGUGCGAUUUUUAUAAGAGGUUAAACCAUUAAAAUAAAACAUUCCCUUUUUUUUUUUUUUUU